AUGAAGAUGUUUGGUGGGGUUCUGGCUCUCUGUUUGUGGUGCUUGGCUUUUGGAAAAGAGUGCAAUGUUUCAAGUUCAAAUAAAAUUCCUGAUUUUGGAGCCAUCUACCAUGUCAAAGGAGUCAUCAGCCUGCCUUACGCUGAAAUUGAGGAGCCCUUUGAGGCCUGGUACAACCUUACUGGAAACAAGAGUCGCAUUGAGUAUUAUGACGGCCAAGUUGUGACUUUGCAGUUCGGAUGUAUGGAGCCGUAUGGCACCCUGUUCAAGUUGACGCCAGAAACCACUGAGAAGGAAGUGAACACAAAGAAGUGCUUUCAACUGAAUGGCACCAAAGAAGGCCGUGUACAGCCACAAACUGUCUUUCCCAAGAUGAAGGGCUACAAGCCAAUAAGGGAAGAGUACUUCAAAGGAAUAUACUGCACCGUGUGGCAGAACGUAUCUUACUGGGGCAAGAAGAAAAACAUCUACACCAUGUGGGUCACCAACUCCAGCUGUGGUGUAUCACCUGUGCAUUACGAGAUGAAGGGCUACAACAGUUUGCUGGGAUCCCACUAUGACAAAUAUGAAAUCGAUUACACUGACUACUCUAACAGUUUCCCAACUUCUGUUUUUGUGCUGAAACCUAACGAAACAAAGCUAUGCAGUCAAUUGCCUGGUGAGUCAAUGGAACACCGCAUCCUGGCAAACCCCAUGGCGGACUUUGUUGGGGGGGAAGAGGACCGGGCCCACCAGCUGUUCCACCACUACCGGAAACGAUUUGGAAAAACGUACGACAAUGAGACGGAGAUGGAACACAGGAAACAUACCUUCACCCACAACAUGAGGUUUGUCCACUCCAAGAACCGUGCUAACCUCUCCUUCAAGCUGGCUCUGAACCACUUGGCAGACCUCACCCUGGAUGAGAUGGCUGCAAUGAGGGGGAAACUCAAAAGCACAACACCCAACAAUGGGCGUCCUUUCCCUCAUGAGCAGUACAUUGGCCUCAUCCUGCCAGAGAGCAUGGACUGGAGGCUCUAUGGUGCCGUGACUCCAGUCAAAGAUCAGGCGGUGUGUGGCUCUUGCUGGAGCUUUGCGAGCACAGGAGCUUUGGAAGGAUCUCUCUUCCUCAAGACUGGCCAGCUCAUCCCACUCUCUCAACAAGUCCUCAUCGACUGCUCUUGGGGCUUUGGGAACUACGCCUGUGACGGCGGCGAGGAAUGGCAGGCAUACGAAUGGGUCCUAAAGCAUGGAGGCAUUGCCACCACGGAGUCCUAUGGGCCAUACAAAGGCCAGAAUGGUUACUGUCAUAGCAACGCAUCAGAGAUUGUGGCCAAACUUUCACAUUAUGUCAACGUCACCUCCGGGAACAUCACCGCUCUGAAGGCUGCCAUCUACAAGCACGGCCCCGUGGCUGUCAGCAUUGAUGCCGCCCACAGGACUUUCUCUUUCUACUCCAAUGGGGUCUACUAUGAGCCUAAGUGUGGAAACAAGAAAGGUGAGCUGGACCACGCGGUCCUUGCCGUUGGUUAUGGAGUCCUCCAAGGAGAGCUUUACUGGCUCAUCAAGAAUUCCUGGUCUACAUACUGGGGUAACGAUGGCUACAUCCUCAUGUCCAUGAAAGAUAACAACUGUGGGGUAGCUACUGAUGCCACAUACCCAGUUGUGGCAUGAACACACCAUGGCAAGCUCCGAAAGAUGAUCCACGCCACUUCCUGCUCCAAACGGGCUUCCUCCAUCUCCUGAAUUUCUCUAGCAUAUUCAUCAAUGCACUGGAAUCUUAGCCACAGGACUAGCAGAGACUCGGGAAGCCACCAAGUCUGGCCUCGUGAGAACAUACAAAGAGCCCUGCUGGAUCAGACCAGUGGUCCAUCUAGUCCAGUUUCCUGACGUACACAGCGGCCAACAGUUGCCAUGGAGGGUCAACAAAGAGGACAGAGAAGCCAAGGCCUUCCCUUGAUGCAGCCUCCUAGCAAUGGAGCUGGUUCCUUGCAGGCAACACCAUUUUUGGAUUAACGUCAGCUCUU